UACAUAUUUACAUAAUACCGCCCCUUUUCGAUAAACCACGCCGCAUGUCAUCUGCGCCCCUCCCGUCAAAUCGGAUAGUGCUGAAGGGGUCAGACCAGCGAGGCUUUGCAGUAAGGCGAUCAAGAGGGAUGAAGCCGAUUUUCGAGGCCGGGGCCUCGUCUAUGUGGGCUUCAUGUUGUGGUCUAAUCAAUGAAGUAAUGGGCACUGGAGCAGUGCGAGGCCAGCAGCCAGGAUUUGGACCAGGAGCUGGGCCUUUCAGGUUUGCCCCCAAUGCUGGCUAUUCAACAUACCCUCCACCAUCUCCUGGAAACACAACUAUAGUUUGCAAGGCCUGUGGAUUAACAUUCUCCGUAUUCAGGAAAAAGCAUAUCUGUUUUGAUUGUAAAAAGAACUUCUGUUCUGUGUGCUCGGUUCUGGAAGAAAACCUCCGACGGUGUUCAACUUGCCAAUUAUUGAGAGAAACUGCAUUCCAAAGGCCACAGCUCAUGAAGCUGAAAGUGAGAGACCUGCGGCAAUAUCUGGUCCUGAGAAACAUUCCUACGGACACAUGCCGUGAGAAGGAGGACUUAGUGGAACUGGUCUUAUGCCACCGAGGGACAGACCUGGAAGAAGACAUGGACACGAGUAGUCUCCACUCCACUGUAUCUUUGUUUGCCACUCCCUCAGAGCCCUCACUUUCUGCCUCUCUGGCCGAAACUCCAAGCCGAAGAGAAAGCCUUGGAGCCGCAAAUGAGGAAGAAGGAGGAACUUCGUCAAUAAAUCAGGAGACAGAAGAAAACGCAGAACAAGAGGCUACUCCAUUAUCCAGGAAAAGAGCAAGAGCCUCAAUCUCUGACAUAUCCAGCAUAGAAGAUAUUGAAGGUCUAACAGUCCGACAACUAAAAGAGAUCCUAACACGAAACUUUGUGAAUUAUUCUGGGUGCUGUGAAAAAUGGGAACUUGUGGAGCGAGUCAGCCGGCUCUAUCGAGAAACGGAAGAAAACAAAAAAUCAAUGGAAAAUGUGAAUAGCAGCCUAACACCAGUGGUACCAACAAAUCCUCAGGCCAUCUGCAGCAGUGGCAGUGCAGGUGGGGAGAAGAUGCACUUUACCAGUGAUGACAACCUCUGCAGGAUCUGUAUGGACGCCAUGAUUGACUGUGUGCUCCUGGAAUGUGGCCACAUGGUCACAUGUACCAAGUGUGGCAAGCGGAUGAGUGAAUGUCCGAUAUGUCGACAGUAUGUUGUGAGAGCAGUGCACGUUUUCAAGUCUUAAGGACGUAAAGAGACGAAGGAAAAUGGAAACAAAAGUUCAGUGUGCAUUAACCAUGGGGGUAACCAUUGGGGGUGGGGGUGGCGGAGGGCAGUGUUUCUCAUUUUCUUUUGAGCUUUUAAAAUUACUGAUGCUAUUUUAUUUUCCAAAUUUAAUAAUAAUAAAUGAAAAGGUCUACCUGCACUUAUUGUUCCUUAUUGAGGUGCCCCUCUAAAAUGAGAACUAAUCAAAUUGUGAAAUUCUACACAAAGUGUUUAAAUGUCCAUUCUUCUCAAUACAAUUAAGUAUUUCCUGCAGUUUGUUUGGUGGAAAAAGCAACUUUUUGAAAAUAUAUGGCAUAUAUAAUAAAAUAACAUUAUCAUAUAAUAAAAUAACAUUAUCAGACAUUGAAGACUUUACUCUGCUGUAAAUGCUACAUGAAUAGUUUAAGGGUGCACAAAAUUGGUUUUCUUGAACUAACCUGCAAGCUACAAAAUAGUUGAAGGUUAAGCCACUACUGCUAAAUAUUAGCUAUAAACAUAAAAUAUCCAUGAGACCUGUAAGAGUAUAAAUUCUAACCAAUUUCCGUUCCAUUUUAAACCCCUUUUCACAUUGUUUUAUUAUUCUAUGCUGUACUGUACAUAGAGACUAGGGAUGCAAAGCAUGUAUUGCGAGAAGUUGCUAAUAGCUUAAACACCAGUAUACAGUAUGUCAUCAACUGCAAUAACAUUUUUGAAUUGUUGGGUGUUUCUGCUCAGAGCUCAAAUGGAGUACAUGUGUGAGAAAAAUGAAAAAUCUUGCAUGGUGGGGCAGUUAAUUUUAAACGAGCUACUAUGGCAAUAUUGGUAACUCUAGUUAAAAUAGAAUAAGAACUAGCUUAUAGUAAUGGGACACACUAAUUACAUAACUUGACAGUUUAGUUCAUACAUGCUCCAAGGAGAGGGAAUCAAAACUUUUAUAUUAAUUUUACGUAUUAUAAAAGGCUUCAGAAACAUGCAUAAAAAACCCCACCAUGUUUAGUAUGCUCAGCAAAUGUGCAAGUGCAAGGUGUUGAAAGAUUUCAAGCAAGAUGUUUUCUUUUAAAAAUUACAAAAAUAUUUCAAUUUUUUUCUCAGUAGUUAGACCUAAAUUCAAAGUCUGAACUCCUAGUAAUUGAAACUUUAGUACAAAUUGGGAGAAAAAGGAUUUUAAAAUUCACAUCUAAAGCUUUAGAAGGUUUCAUAAUCAGCAAUUGUGGAUCCCUUCAUAUUUAAAUGAUUUUAACUAUCAGUCUUCAAUAACCACUCUUCUAAACUUAGUAGAUAAGGAGAGGAAUUGGGCUGACCAGUUUUGUUAAGGAAAUUAUGUAUUAUUAAUUAAAUUAAUUAGGAUGGUGGUCAACAAGUGACAGACUUUUUAAACUGUUUACAAAUGAAGAUUGUUAAAUGAGUAACUUAACACUGAGGGAUCUUAGAAGAAUCAGUCAGUGCUAUGGUGCUGGGACUCAUCCUUUAGGACUGGGCUUGGAGAAAUCUGGUUUAACGUUUAUGACUUAAACCAGAGAUUCUGUAUCUUUAAACAGAGCCCACAUAUUUAGCCCGUUGUUCUAACAGUGUAAAAAAAUGGGCUUUACUCUGAAUAUUUUGGGGGGAGAAAAAAGUGUUUGAAUGAUAGAAUUGCUGAAGGUAAUGGACAAGAAACAGUGGCUAGACGGUACUCUAGCAGCAACUUGUUUGUAAAGUUUUGAUUUUUUUUUUUUGCAUCAAUUUAGGUAAUUUUCUGAUGUGCUGAAACAACAACAGUCACAGGUUUUCAGCAUAUAUACAUAUGUACUCUUCUGGCCCUCCCCAUUUUAAUUUUUGGAAAACAGUAAGUCUGCAGUCCAUGUGUAGACUGUACAAGGCUGCAAUGGUUUCUUGUAAAUACUACAGAUUAUUUAAACAUUUUAUUUCAUGCAUGGAAAUUACAUCUAAGGUAAAGAGUGCUUGUUUAUCCUUUUCAAAAAUGACUUCAAAUAUUUUAUUCAAUAAUUCUAUUAGAAGAAUUGUGCAGUAUUAUGUACAGUAAUUUAAACAUAAGGAGGCCUGAAUUCCAAUUUUUGCUCCAUAUAAUUUGCUUCAGAUGUUUAAGAGUAGGUGGAAACCAUACACAGAUUGAAAGUAUAAAUGGCUAUUAGUGAAAACUAAGCAUACAGUAUGGCACAACUGUAAAAGAGAUGUUCCUGUAGGAUGUCAAAAAUCUACCCACACUUUAUAAUUAAGUAAGCUUAUUAAAAAGGUAGGAGUUAAAAGCUCUUUAUAUUUGUAUAACCAUACUUGCCACACUGGUGCAGAUUCCAAAUUUAAAGUCAUCAAGAUAUUUUAGUGACCAUUUCCCACAAUUUUGUUGACCGCUGGUCAGCAGUGUUUACAACGUGGUAACUGAGGCGUCUGUGAUAAUUCAUCACCAGCUGUACACAAAAAGCCUUUAGUGCCUACAUUCACCAAACAUUAAAGCUUUCUUGAAUGAUUUGUCAUUUGUCUUUAUUACAUUGUAUGUUGUUGGCAACAGCUUGCAUUUAAAAUGACCAGAAGAAAUUAAAAACAUUUUUGAACACUUGCA